UCGCCUAGCCCCCUUCGCUCACAUGUGCACAAAAGGAAAGUCACAACCCAUCCCUAAAAAGUAAAAUCAAACCAUCCCUCUCUAACUUGUUCCUCAAGAAGCUUAAACUACAUAUAAAAACACCCAACAAAAGCAACUGCCUUUAUUCUUCAUUCUUCUUCUUCAAUCUUCAAUCUUCACCAGCAAACCCUAAUUCCCCAAUUUUUCGAAAAUGGAGUGCGUAUUCGGAUUAGUUGGGAAUGGAUUUGCAGUAAUAGCUGCAGAUACAUCAGCUGUCAACAGUAUUUUGGUUCACAAAUCUAACGAAGACAAAGUCAUGAUCCUUGAUUCUCACAAACUCAUGGGCGCUAGUGGCGAGGCCGGCGACAGGGUUCAGUUUACGGAGUACAUCCAGAAGAAUGUUUCUUUGUAUCAAUUUAGGAAUGGAAUUCCUUUAACAACUUCUGCUGCUGCUAAUUUCACUCGUGGCGAACUCGCUACUGCCUUACGAAAGAAUCCAUACUCUGUGAACGUUCUUUUAGCUGGCUACGACGCAGAGACUGGACCAUCGCUGUACUUCAUUGACUACAUCGCAACACUUCACAAGGUAGAUAAGGCCGCAUUUGGCUAUGGCUCCUAUUUUUCUCUCGCCAUGAUGGAUCGGCAUUACCACAGCAACAUGUCCCUCAAUGAAGCUAUCAAAUUGGUUGACGAAUGCAUAGCCGAAAUUAGGUCAAGGUUAGUUGUGGCUCCACCAAAUUUCGUGAUCAAGAUCGUUGAUAAGGAUGGAGCACGGGAAUAUGCAUGGCGCCAAUCAAUCAAAGAUAAACCCACUGCACUACCGUCUGCAGAUCCAAUUACUGCUUCUGCCUGAGAACAGCAGAUCAUAAUAGGCUUUUGGUGAAAUUGUAUGCCCCUAUAUCAUUGAGAUGUUUCCAUUAGUGCUAAAAUUGAUACUAUCAUAUUGCUCAGAGUCCUAGUGACCUGGUAUUGGAAGUGAAUUGCUGUUGUUUUAAGUU